AUGGGCAACUGCUUCUCCCAGAACGCUCACAGCAGAGCCUCCAAGGCCCAGAAGCCCGAUCCCCCCGACGAGCCGUCCCCGCGCUCGGCUCAGAAACCCGCCGCCAAUGCGCCACCGUACAAGCCCCACGGUGGCGUCACCGGCGUCCUCCGGCAUCCCCCCGCUAAGGCCUCCUCCGUCGGGCCCGUUCUCGGGCGGCCGAUGGAGGACGUGAGGCAGACAUACAACAUGGGGAAGGAGCUGGGGCGGGGCCAGUUCGGGGUGACUCAUCUCUGCACACACCGCGUCACCGGAGAGCAGUUCGCCUGCAAGACCAUCGCUAAGCGGAAGUUGGUGAACAAGGAAGACGUUGAGGACGUGCGGAGGGAGGUGCAGAUCAUGCACCACCUCACAGGGCAGGCUAACAUUGUGGAGCUCAAGGGGGCCUACGAGGACAAGCAGUCGGUGCACCUCGUCAUGGAGCUCUGCGCCGGGGGGGAGCUCUUCGACCGGAUCAUCGCCAGGGGCCACUACACGGAGCGCGCCGCCGCCUCCCUGCUCAGAACCAUCGUCCAGAUCGUGCACACCUGCCAUUCAAUGGGCGUCAUGCACCGGGACCUCAAGCCCGAGAACUUCCUCCUCCUCAGCAGCGAUGAGGACGCCCCCCUCAAGGCCACCGACUUUGGACUCUCCGUCUUCUUCAAACAAGGUAGACCUCUCUCUCUCUCUCGCUAUAUGUAUGUACGUAUAUAACACGCCGUUCUGGUAUGUGUUUGAUCAGGUGAAGUGUUCAGAGACAUCGUCGGGAGUGCAUAUUACAUAGCGCCGGAGGUGCUGAAGAGAAAAUAUGGUCCAGAGGUUGAUAUCUGGAGCAUCGGUGUGAUGCUUUACAUUCUCCUGAGCGGAGUCCCUCCCUUCUGGGCCGGUAAGAAUCCCCCAGACGAAGCUGAAUGAAAUCUCCAUCUCGGCGUUGAAAACUAGGAGUAAGGAUGAUCGAACAUGUGAAUCAUCUCGCGUUUUAGAAUCGGAGAACGGGAUUUUCAAUGCGAUCUUGAGAGGGCACGUCGACUUCACCAGCGAUCCGUGGCCGAACAUCUCGUCCGGGGCCAAGGACCUCGUCAGGAAGAUGCUCAAUUCGGAUCCCAAGCAGAGGUUGACGGCGUUCCAAGUUCUCAGUAAGCAUAACCCAGACCUCCAUUCUGUUCGAUUCUCAGAAUCACCGAGCCCGGGGGGAUUCUACCAUUCCGAGCGUUGUGAACGUCUCCUAGCCAUAAGCUCGGAUCUAUUCCCUUCCCACGGUAUAUCGUAAAAUGGGUAUCUCCUCCCCGGCACAGAUCACCCGUGGAUUAGGGACGGAGAAGCGCCCGACACUCCUCUCGACAACGCCGUUCUCAGCAGGCUGAAGCAGUUCCGGGCGAUGAACAAAUUCAAGAAAGUCGCUCUCAGGGUAAUUUCAAAAGAGGCAUCUUUUGUUACAUAAAAGUUCAUAUAUUUUCUGACGAACAAAUUCUCCUUGAUUUUUCAAGGUCAUAGCCGGGUGUUUAUCCGAAGAAGAGAUACGAGGCUUGAAGGAGAUGUUCAAGGGAAUAGACACCGACAACAGCGGCACCAUAACCACGGAGGAGCUCCGGCAGGGGCUCUGCAAGCAGGGAACGAAGCUUUCCGAGUACGAGGUCAAGCAGUUGAUGGAAGCCGUAGGUUCCCCAGGACCAUUUGCAGAAGCCCCUCGUUCUUCUCCCUCCAUGAGAUAACAUUCGUCGCGUAAUCCUCUUCUCUGGUUCGACCAGGCCGACGCCGACGGCAACGGGACCAUCGACUACGACGAGUUCAUUGCCGCCACCAUGCACAUGAACAGGAUGGACAGAGAGGAACACCUCUACACUGCUUUCCAAUACUUCGAUAAAGACAACAGCGGGUACUGUGAAAAUGCCGGCUCCUUUCGUCCCUGUGAGACGCGGGAUUUCCAGUACUGAGCAGGUCGUCUUCUUCACAGGUACAUAACGACGGAGGAGCUUGAGCAGGCUCUGAAGGAAUACGGCAUGCACGAUGGGAGAGACAUCAAGGAGAUACUGUCCGAAGUCGACGCAGACAAUGUAAGAUGAUUGCUAUUUUUGGUGUGUCGGCCCGGAAAAGCUCCCCUCUAAUGGUGCUCCUGAUGGCGGCGGCAGGACGGGAGGAUCAACUACGACGAGUUCGUGGCGAUGAUGAGGAAGGGGAACCCUGAAGCCAACCCUAAGAAGCGGCGCGACGUGUUCGUCUGA